AGAUAUGUCCAACCAGGACCUCUACCGGUCCAUCUUUGCUGCAUGUGACUGCCGCCUAAUCAACCUGAGCGGAUCGAACCUCGCUGGAAGAACCGACACCUUUGCGGGCUUUGAGCUGGCCAAUCUAGAGAACACCAACUGGGAGCGUGCUCUCGCGGACCGGGUUGUCUUCAGAGGGGCCAACCUCCGCAAUGCAAACUUCACUAAUGCGAUUCAUUCUGGUUCACAGUUCGAGGGGGCGGAUGUGACAGGAGCGGACUUCACAGACGCCAUAGUGGACGACGCACAGCGGCGGCUGAUGUGCCGGAAGGCCAAGGGGGUGAACCCAGUGACUGGAGUGGAGACCAGGGAGAGCCUCGGGUGCUGAGAGAUGGGAAUAGUAGCCUGAACGGCCAAUCCAAGGGAGCCAUAGUGGACAACGCACAGUGGCGGCUCAUGUGUCGCUAGGCCAAAGGAGUCAACACAGGUACCCGGGUUGAGACCAGGGAGAGCCUGUGGUGCUGAGGGAUGGGAGGCGGUUUGGUCUGGUCCAGAUCACUUCUGUCGAUGAUGUGUCACAAAGGCAAAGGGAGCCCCAUGGCUAGCUUGGAGACUAGAGAGUAUAA